GGACUAAAAUCGCAUAUUUACUUCGCACAGUUCUGAUCUCCACACUUAUUUUCGCUCUCAACACUCAAAGAACUGGCCAAAGUCUCCGUCACGAGGCGGCAAAACUCCUCACAUGCCUCUCGAUUGCACGCAGUUGCGGCGGGAUUCGCGGCGGUUUGCCAAGGGUCCCGGUUCUUCUUCGAAUGCGGAGGAUGAUUUUGAGGCUGCGACUUUUGUUUCUGGGACACGAGUCGUCGAAAGGACUGAACCGAGAGAUCUUCAGCGAAAUCAUUCCCUCUGUUUUCGUUCGAACACUCUUUGUUUACGGCACAUCGUGGUGGCGAGUCUCGAGCCACUGUCGUCGCUGCGUUUUCUGAGUCCGUUACGACAUCGAGCUUCGUCGUCGGUCAUUUCGCGCCCGGCCUCGCAACCAGAUGACCAAAGAGCCGCCGAGCGGACCGGGCAACCUCCUUUCCUUCUGCUCCCGAAACUUGACUCCUGUAGCUCCGUUCUUCCCAGGGGUUCUCCCGAUCCUCAUUUGCUGCCCUUUUUCGUCUCCCGUCGCUAGACUUGGUGUGUUGAGCCCGCAGCAUCCCUUCGCCGCAGUUUUCUUCUUUUCCGCAACUGAGUUCUCGUGAAAGAGUCACUCAAACGAAGGCACCACGCAUUCCCCUUUCUUGCCAGCGCUCAUUCUAACACAACGCGCUUCCGGGGAUCUCCAAACCAGACUUACUUGUCUACGGAGCGAACCCAGCGCCUUACUCUCAGGGUUGUUUAAACAUUCUUUCUUUUCGCCUUUUCUCGGCGUACCUCAGCGCUGAAUACAUCAUUUGAGUCCUAUUACACCGUCCUCUGUUCGUGACACAAACAUGGGGUGCACGCAAUCGACAGCUAACGAGACCACGAAAAAGCCAGCUCAGUCUGCACCGAGUGGACUGUCUCAGCAGUCGCAGCAGCCAGCAGAACACGCAGUGUCGCUUAGAGUUGCCGGGACUGGGGGGCAUUCCCCGACAGAAAAUACCGAAAGGCAAUGCAGUCCGACCGCCUCCGUACCCAGUGGCCCCGAUGGGGGAAACGGGAGCGCAGCGGUAGAAAGUGAGACGCCUCCAGACGUUUGCCUUCCCGACAGUGACGCUGUAGGAAGCACCUAUGUUCCACCACCUGGAGGCAGACAGGGACACUCUAUGGCUGCCGGACCGCCCACGAACCUCGCCGAAAUUCCGGGAGAACCCGCCGGAAGCGGCAGAGUUGCCAGACCUCCUGUGACACUUGCCUCCGGAGCUGUCUAUGAAGGCCAGUGGAAGGACCCUCUUCGCGACGGAGAGGGAAAACUGAGUUGGCCUGAUGGGCAGACGUACGAGGGUUCUUUCAAAAAAGAUGAGUGUCAUGGAGAAGGUACCUGGAGUGACAGUAAAGGAAACGUCUUCGAGGGUCAAUGGCAGCACAACAGGAUCAACGGAACCGGAAAAUUUACUCAUUCUGAUGGCUCUGUGUACGAAGGCCAGUGGAAGGAUGAUGUGAAGCACGGAAAGGGAAAGGAGACCUGGGGAGACGGCACCGUCUACGAGGGCGAGUUCGUAAAAGGCGACAAAAAGGGCAAAGGCUCCAUCACCUUUCCAGAUGGUUCCCACUACGUGGGUUCUUUUGACAAGGAUUUCUUCGAUGGGAAAGGCACGUACACAUGGCCCAACGGUCGGACCUACGAAGGAGCGUGGAAAGACGGAUACAUGCACGGUCAGGGCGUGUACAAAUGGCCACAAGGGCAAUUUCUAAAGUACGAAGGGCCGUACGAGCAGAGCAUGAAGAGCGGCGCGGGUAAAUUGUUUUUGCGUGAUGGGCGCAUUUACGUCGCGAACUUCGCGAGGGGCAAAAUGGAUGGCGAGGUCGUCGAAAUUUCGCCCAGUGGAAAGAAACGCAAGGGAAUCUGGAAGGACGGCAAACACGUGAAGUGGACUGAGCAAGGAAAAGCUCCCCUCUUCGUCGGGGAAGAAGCGGCAGACACCGCAACUGCUGCCGACUACGAGACUAGUGCGUACUCUAACCCCAACAAAUACCACCAACUUUACCAGGGCAAGAAGAAACAACACAUGAAGAUCGAAGGGGGCGUUUUGCACGGCAAGGCGGGGGCGGCUCCGGAGUUUCACGCUUCUCCGCAAUAGACACAUGAAAUGAAACGAAACGGCGCUUUGUGGCUGUGGAACUAAACUCUCACACGCUGCGGAUUUUAAAUGGGUCUGCCGAGGAGUCUGGCGCCGUCACAUUGCUGCCUUCGCGAGGAAAACGAAAGAAUCUUCACAGUCUGAGCGCACGCAGACAUGCCUCUUUUCCUGA